AAAACAAGAUCAAAAAGACUUUUUGGCUGGAUUUAAGAUUUUAAAACUUGAUAAGAUGGACAGUUUUUGCUGUGAACAGCAUACUGUUGUUUCUGGUUAUAGGUUCAAUUGAAUGCAAGAUGAAACUUUGUCCCUCUUAUUUCUGAGAUGGUUAACUAUGCCCUUACUUGCACCCCUCCCUCCCUUCCUCCCUCCCCCCAACCAGGAGCUCUGGAUGAACCAUGCCAGGGGGAGCUGGCCUCUCUGCCCAUCCUUUCCCAGAGUUAAUCGAAAGCUUUACCAGCUGUAGUUACAGUCACAUUGGGGCGGAAGAACAGACAGAACAGAUUGUGUGUUCAUGGAUUUUCUUAUGGAUUGACAUCUUUUAAAAUCAGAUGAACUACCCAUCUUGUGAUGGGCUUUCAGUGACGUCAGUUUGCUCCUCCGUUAGUUUAGUCAAGCAGCAGCAGGUGGCAGAGGUGCAGGAAGAGCCCACCAGCUCAGCACUUAUCACCAGGAGCAAUGUGAGUUUAGAUUGCAACACAACAGGCAGGUAUAAUCUGAGUUUGAAAGGUGUGUCUUAUCUGCAAGACGGAGGUGUUCCUGGUGAUGUGAAAGCUGCACAUCCAACGCUCCUCUGGUACCUCCCCACCUGUCCACCUUAUAUGAAGUGGAGGGAGCAGCUGUCAGCCCGAAGCUCAGUUGAGCUUAGCACCAAGGAAGGAUGAACUCACUACACCUGCCGCAGUCAGCUGACUCUCAGGAUACGAGUAAAGAAGACCAGAAUGAACAAUUUGCAGAGAAGCUCAAAGAUGUUGAGACAAGUCCUGCGUACUCCACCAUGGCCUUGGUUCAGGAGGAUUCAGAGGAACAGGAUCCUUGGGAUCUGCCAGAGCUGAAGGACACUGGGGUCCCGUGGUCAGCUCUGGAUACCAAGGGGAAGGUGCUGAGAGUGCUGGUGUCAAUUUUAAAGUUUAUCGUGCUGUUGGGCCUCCUCUAUAUGUUCAUCUGUUCCCUCGACAUCCUCAGCUCAGCUUUUCAACUUGUAGGAGGUAAAACGGCAGGCAGCAUCUUUCAGGACAGCUCUAUUCUGUCCAACCCUCUGGCUGGUUUGGUCAUUGGGAUUCUGGUCACUCUGCUGGUCCAAAGCUCCUCCACGUCCUCGUCUAUAGUCGUCAGCAUGGUGUCCUCUGGAAUUCUAACAGUUCAGGUGGCUGUUCCCAUCAUCAUGGGCACCAACAUUGGCACCUCUGUGACCAACACACUUGUUGCCGUGACGCAGGCUGGUGACCGCAGCACCUUUCGCAGGGCUUUUGCGGGGGCCACGGUGCACGACUUCUUUAACUGGCUCUCUGUACUGGUGCUGCUGCCACUGGAGGUGGCCAGUGGUUAUUUGUACAUCCUCACUAAACUCAUCACGGACUCAUUUCAUAUCGAGAGUGGAGAGGCCCCAGACCUGUUAAAUGUCAUAACUGACGUCCUUACUGAGGCCAUCAUACAGCUAGAUGAGAGCGUCCUUAGUGAAAUAGCCACUGGAAGCCCAGAAGCCCAAAACAAGAGUCUCAUCAAGAAAUGGUGCCAAACCUACACCAACACUACAUUAAAGAAUGUUACAGUUCCUGGUCCAGAGAACUGUACCUCUCCGCUUCUCUGCUGGUCCGAAGGCAACAACACCAUCACCCUGAAGAACGUGUCUGAGACUUUUAACAUAAAGAAAUGCGAUCACCUUUUUGUGGACGUGAACCUGUCCGACUUGGCGGUGGGUCUGAUCCUGCUGGCUCUGUCUUUGCUGGUUCUCUGCUCCUGCUUAAUUCUCAUCGUCAAGUUGCUGAACUCCAUGCUGAAGGGGCAGGUUGCUGCGGUCAUCAAGAAGAUCCUCAACACCGAUUUUCCAUUUCCAUUUGGCUGGGUCACAGGCUACAUUGCCAUCCUAGUUGGUGCUGGAAUGACUUUUAUUGUGCAGAGCAGUUCGGUGUUCACAUCUGCCAUUACUCCACUUGUUGGUAUUGGUGUCAUCAGCAUAGAGAGGGCGUACCCGUUGUCUCUGGGCUCAAAUAUUGGCACCACCACCACAGCGAUUCUUGCAGCCAUGGCAAGUCCUGGAGACACACUGGCUGACGCUUUACAGAUUGCUCUGGUCCACUUCCUGUUCAACAUCUCUGGCAUCAUUCUAUGGUAUCCCAUCCCUUUCACCCGUUUCCCCAUAAGGAUGGCUAAAAGUCUGGGGAACAUCACGGCCAACUACCGCUGGUUCGCUGCUGUCUACAUCGUCGUCUGCUUCUUUUUUUUGCCGCUCUUCGUCUUCAGCCUGUCCUUGGCUGGUUGGCAGGUACUGGUGGGUGUGGGAGUACCACUAAUAGCCAUGUUGCUCAUCAUCAUAGUGAUCAAUGUACUGCAGAAUCGAAAACCACGGUGCCUGCCCACAGUGCUGCGAACCUGGGACUUCCUCCCGCUGUGGGCCCAUUCCCUGGCUCCCUGGGAUAAAGUGGUUAGUGUUGUUGCAGCCAAGUGCUGCUGCUGCUGCAAGUGCUGUCAAGCUGCAAAGGAGGAAGAGCAAGAAGCACAAGAGCCUGUGGAAGUUUCAGCAAACGGACACAAGGCGGCGUACGAUAACCCUGCCAUGAGCGCAGAGAAAGAAGUCGAAAAUGAGCUACAAAUUGAACAAAAUAUCCAUAAAAUGACCCCACUCUGAAGUUUUAUAUUUAUUAUAUGUGUGUGGGAUUGUGUGCAAUCCAAAGAAUGUGGCACAAUAACUAUUUAUGUAGUGACUUUCAGUAGUUUUUUUUAUUUAUAUAUACACAAAAUUGUCCAACAAAGAAAAAUAAGAAAUAAUGCAGUGCUUGUUUUUCAUGCAACUUGAAGCGGCCUUAAUUUUUUUUUUUUUUU